GUUAUGGGAAGCCCUAUUUGGUACAAGUGUGGUGGCGAUGUCUGGCUCCGGACGAUUCAAGCCAAACGAAGGCGACUGGGUCUGCCCAGAUCCAAAGUGUGGGAAUGUUAAUUUUUCUAGAAGAAAUGAAUGUAACAGAUGUGGACAAGAAAAGAAAGAUGGAACUGUAUUCAAGAAAGGUGGAACAGAGAUCGGCAAACAAUUGGCAGACAAAAGUAAAGGCUUAUUUAGUGCUGAUGAUUGGCAGUGUAAGAGCUGUGCCAAUGUGAACUGGGCUAGAAGAACUACAUGCAAUGUCUGUAAUGCACCAAAGUAUGGAAAGCAGGAACAGAGGACUGGGUUUGGUGGAGGUUAUAUGGAACGAGAUGAAAUUGUUGAAUACAAGGAGAGAGUUGAUGAUGAUGAAUAUGAUGAGUUUGGUAGAAAAAAGAAGAAAUUCCGAGGAUCUACGGAGGAGAAAGUAGCUCCAAAGCCAGCCCCACCCCCUCCACCUCAAGAGGAUGAAGAGGAGCAGGAAGAAGAGGAUGAAGAAGAUGAUGAUGAAGAUGGUGAUUUGGGUGCAUAUGACCUCGGUGCCAGUGAUGAUGAUGACGACAACACUAAAACAUCUGUGAGGUCUAAAUCCCGAUCACGAUCGAGGAGUUCAUCAUCUAGUUCAUCUCGUUCAUCACGUUCUUCAUCCUCAAGGUCGUCCCGAUCCCGGUCAAGCUCUGGCUCCCGAUCCAGGUCCCGUAGCAAGAACAGAAGACGGUCGAGGUCAAGGUAACGGGUGACAGGGUUUCACCUUGGUAUGGGUCAAAAGGUCGUUAUC